UACUGAUUGUAGAUUGUAGUUUUCAAUCAUUGACAGCUGCGCGCAGAUAUAAUUUCUAAUCAAUCCUUUAUUUCAUAGAUCACUUUUUUUCAAUUUUAUAGAAAACUUUAAGUAUCACAGCUUGUUUCUUAUAUCAGAAAUGAAUAAAUGUCUUCGGUACUGUUAAUUUACAUUUCCGAUUGUGUGAAAUAAUGAAAUAAAAUCAGUUUUAUACGCUGAUUAGCUAUUUCAAUUAAGAUGAGUGAAAAAUCAGAGUUUCUCGAUGACGAAACGAAUUUUAUGGAAAAAUGUGAUGGUGCUAAUUUUAUUCCAAAGCAAGACGUUCGAUUAAGCGAAGGAAUGAUGAUACAGAAUGUUUUGCAAAAUAAUCAUUGUAGAAGUAAUAUAUUCAGAAGUAAAAGCGAUUCAGCAUUAUCAAGAAAAAAUGAUGGAAGACCGAAUUAUCAGAUGACAGAUAACAUUAAUUUAUUGACUAGAUUUAAUGUUGACAAGUCUAUUACCAACAUUCCUAAUGUAAAACUUCAAACAUGUCACUUAUCUAAAAGUGAGAGUUGCCUUUCAAAUAACAAUGAAUCUCUUCUUUGUGACUCAUUUUCCAAUAAUAUGAGUGUUUCUUUAUCCAUAGUACCAGUAUCAUCUUUAGAUUCAUUUCUAGUCAGAAAUAAAGUUCAUAAAUCUGAAAAUGAUAUAUGUGCAUAUAAAAAUAUAACAUGCACAGAUGAAGAAGAAACAUUAUUUAAUCAAUUGAAUGAAGUCAAAAAUCUUUCACUUACUUUGCAAUGUUCCGCAAAUGAAGAAGUUAUUAAUGUGUAUGAAAAUAAUUUAAUAAAAGACAAACAUGAUAAAAAAGAACAGACUGUUGCUGAAGAAACUAGUGUACUUAAAACAACACAAUCUUGUAAAGAAAUAAUAGAUUUACAAUCACAGAUAAAUAAUAAAAUUUUAAACGAGAAAAAUCAAGAUGAGAAAGAAGAUAUAUGUAAGGAAAAUGGGUCAAAUUCAACGCUAAAUGCCCAUGUGCAAAAUAGUUUGACAUCUCGACCAACAUUAAUUGAUGACAGUAAACUUGUUAAAAUGUCUCUCCUGACAAAUCCAAUAACAAUAAUGCAAUCAAAUGUUCAACUUUUAAAUAAAAGUCGUAAUUUUUUCAAUUUUAUCACGGAAAAAUCGACAAAUAUUAUGGAGAAAGCUCUACUACCACAACAUUUGGCAAUGAAAUACAAUCACAUAUCAAAAUCUUUUGAAACCAAUACUAUGAUGGGAUUUUAUACUAAUAAUGAACCUUUUUUAAAAGAUGUGAUUGGAAAAACUGGAUUGGAUACAGAUUUAACAACAAAUGCGAGUAAUAGUCAUAUGACAAAUUGUAUAGUAAUACCAGAUCAUGACACAAACAAGGAUAAGUUAGACAGUAUAACAAAUAGUGAAAUUGAUGAAAAUCUAUCUACAUGUAUAAAAGAAAAUCUAUCUACAUGUAUAAAAGAGAAUAAAAUAUCUGAUAAUUUGGAGAAUGCAGAACGACAAUUACAUAAUAAUUUUAAAAAUAAAGUAUUAAAUGAGGAAGAAUAUAUUUUCCAAAAAAAUGAUGUAGAUAGAUUAGAUUACAAUAUCAAUGAACAAGCAUUAGGAGAUGUAUUGUCAGAAAUAAAUGAAAAUAAAAAUAAUUUUCUGCACAAAGAAAAACUGCAUAACAAUAUGCAUGAGAAAGAUUCAACUAAUCCUACUACUUUGGCAGAGUCAAAUAUUUUAAAAUUAGGCUCAUUAGAGCGUCCAUUACAUCUUACAUUAUUAGAGGAUUAUACUAAUUUAAAACUCAAGAAUGAAAAAUUGCUAGAAAGAAUUGAACAUUUAGAAAAGUCAAAUCGAUUGAACAAAUCAUUAUGUGAAACACAAACAAGUACAGAUACAUUUAUCUUACAAAUAGAGAACUUGGAAAAAACUAUAAAUAAAUUAACAGCUGAUUUGAAUACAUCACUGGAUAUGCAAGAAGCUCUAAAAAAAGAAUGUCUAGCAAUUAAUAAGGAGAAGGAAGAUAUGGUUAUGAGAUAUGCAACUAGCGAGAAACAGGUGAUUGAUUCACAGAGAGCGAAAGAUUGCGCGGAACGCAAAGUUAAAGAUCUUUUAAAAGAUCAAGAAUUAUUGCAAAACAAGUUACGCCAAACGCAAGGUGAACGUACAAGAAUAUGUAACAUUAUGGAUGGAAAAUGUCGUGAGAUCACUGAUCUUCAAAAGGAAAUAGAAAGAUUAAAAGAAGAUACUAAAAUGAAGGAAACCAAACUGAAGUGGACGCAAAACAAACUUAUGACUGAAAUGGACUUACAGAAGGAUACUCAACAAAAACUAGAUAAAGCUUUGAUGAGAAUAAAUGAUAUGAAAGAAGAAUGCGAACAGAUACGCCGGGAAACUCAAGAAUCAUUUCGGAAAUUUCAGCAAUCCGAAGAAAAUAAAGCUGUGACAUUGGAUCAACAAUUAAAAGAACAUCAAGCGCGUCUAAUUUUAGAAAGACAUGUUACGGAAGAUAAAGAAACAUUAAGGCUUCAAUUACAAAAAGAAUUAGAAAUAUUAAAAUCUAAACAACAAAAUUUAAUAGAAGAAAAUAAUAAACUCAGUCUAAAAGUUCAAGAAUCUGAGAAGGCUCGACUACACAAUGCAAAUAAUUUAAGUAACUUAAAAAUUGUUGCAAAUCAGCGUCAGGAGCAAAUCACUGAAUUAUUAAAUAAAGUUUCUCAAUUAGAAGCAUUAAAACUCCAGUUGCAACAUAAAGAAGAAUGUCUAGCAUCGGCUGAAACUCAAAUAUUACAAUUACGAUCGGCUAAUGAAGAAUUGCAAUUUGACAUGCAAGCAUGUCGUCAAAAAGAAGCGGAUAUGUUAGAUUUUACGCAAAAACUCACAGACAAAAAUGUACGUCUUCAAUCCGAGUUUAUUGCCAUUCAAACAAAAGUGAGUGAUCUCGAAUCCGAACACGGUCCGUUACACGACUGUAUUAAUGAAUUGACUAAUAAAAUCAAAGUUUUGGAAGAAGAUUUGAUGCAAGAACGAAAAAAACGAAGAGAGGAGUGCGAAAUUUUGGCUAAGCAUGUCGCUGAACAAACUCAACGAGCUCAAAAUUUUGCUCAGAAAUUGGAGGAUAGUCAAGGUGAAAAUGCAGUAUUGAAAAGGAAACAUCAAAUUUCCAUAAAGGAGAUGACGCGAGAAUUACAACAAUGUCGUAGAAAAUUGGAGAUGUUUGAAGCUGCAUCUCCCAGUAAUUCAUUGGAUAUUACAUCCAGAACAGGAUCUAAUACUUCUUUAACAGGCGAUACAUUAAACGGUGCCUUAUCAGAUAACAAUGCUAAUAGUGAUCACAUUUAUUCUAUAGAAGCUAAUAAACAAGUACUAAUGGAUCGCAUUAUAAAACUGCAAAAGAUAAAUGUAAAAAGAGCUGAAAAAUUAGACUUUUUAGAGGAACAUACACAAACAUUGGUAGAAGAGCUACAGAAAAAAACAAAAAUAAUACAAAACUAUAUCUUACAUCAAGAUUUUGGAGCUUUGGCAUGUAAUGAAAGAGAUAAAUAUAAGCGUAUCAAAAGCAGAAGAGAUAUAGCCGAAUUAGCACGACAUGGAGGUAUCAUGGCAUCCGUUUACAAUCAUCGAGUUUCAGAUGAGAAUAUGACCCUAGAACUGUCUUUAGAAAUAAAUCAAAAAUUACAAGCAGUUCUUGAAGAUGCAUUAUUAAAAAAUAUUACUUUAAAAGACAAUAUUGAUACAUUAGGUAAAGAGAUAGCAAAAUUAACAAUGCAGCAUCAACAAAAAUAAUAUUGACAAUUUAUAAUAGUUGUUACAUGUACAUAGAUACUUACAUACACUAGUAUCAUAUGUUAUAUAUACAAAUAUCUCAUAUGUAAUAUAUCAUGUUAUAUUGACGUGAGGAAAAAGGAAGUAAUAUUUAUUGUUGUUUCAAAUU